CUAAUGAGGACGAGGACAAGGACGAUGACUUCCGCGCUCCGCUCUACAAGAACGUGGACGUGAAGGGUGUCCAGGUCCGGAUGAAGUGGUGUGCCUCCUGUCACUUCUACAGACCUCCACGAUGCUCCCACUGCAGUGUCUGUGACCACUGUGUAGAGGUGAGAGGGAGGGAGGGAGGGAGGGAUGGAUGGAGGGAGAGAGAGAGAGAAAGGGAGGGAAGAAGGAGUGAGACAGAGAGAACAAUCAAGGGCUGGUGGAGAGUGGGAUGAAGGGGUGAAUGGGGGGGGGGGGGGGGGGGGGGUAGUGGUUGAUGGGGGAGGGAGGAGGAAGGGCCUGAGUAGGGAUCAAUAGUGUGUGUGGCUGUAGGGUAAUGGCGGGUGGGAGAAAAUGAUGGAGGGAUAGAGGGGGAGGGAGAGAGAGAGAGAUCACAUUAAUCAGGUUAAUCCCUUUCCCCCAAUCCUUAAUGUCCCCGCAGCGGGGAGAGAGAUGAGAUUUGAAAAGGGUUGGGACAAUCUGCGUGUGUACACUGAGGUAUAUUUAGACAGCUCAGAUCCUAUCAACACUUGUAUGAUAUUUGACUUCGGUAGAUAAUGCUUUUUCACUGUCCAAUACUAUUUGCUAGCUAGACCACUCCAGAAUACUCUUUGUAACAUGGAUGCACAAUGUUGGACAGAGUCAUGUAAAGUAGGCUGCUACAAUAUGUUGUCAUAAUUUUCAGAGUGAUUGAAUGUUUUAUCUAAUGUUGUGUCUCAUUGUGUCAUGACCAUAUGCAGGACUUUGACCACCACUGUCCCUGGGUGAACAACUGUAUCGGGAGGCGGAACUACCGCUACUUCUUCCUGUUUCUGCUGUCACUCACGCUGCACAUGGUGGGCGUGCUCUCCGGUGGCCUGCUCUACAUCCUACACCAUUUGGAAGACCUGUGGAAGCUGCACUGUACUGUCACGUAUCCUUCCGUACACACGCUCUGUGUACUUUGUGUAUGUGUAUGUAUGUUCAUGCUGUGUGUGCAGUAUGAUCAGGGUCAUUCAUUUCUAAAGCUCCCUAAAGAGAGUCAUUGAGGCUCCUUAACUGCUGUGUCCAGCCUGGUGGUGAUGAGUGUAUCAGGUCUGUUCUUCAUUCCUGUCCUGGGCCUCACAGGGUUCCACCUCUACCUGGUGUCCAGGGGCAGAACCACCAAUGAACAGGUCAGACGCCUCUAUGUAACUCAUGUUUUUAAAUGACUAGAUACAAGGUUUCUGGAAUAUAUGAGGCCACCCUAGGUCGAGUCCUCACUUUAAUGAUGAAAUUGUUGCAUUCUUUUCCACAGGUUACUGGGAAGUUUCAAGGAGGGGUCAACCCUUUCACACAAGGUUGCUGUGGCAACUUGGAGUAUCUCAUAUGCAGUCCCAUUUCUCCAAAGUAAGAAACAUUUGACAUUUUAUGUAAACAUCAUGUUUAAUAUAACGUUUUGGAGCUCAUUAACUUAUCUAUUUGCUUGGACCAUACCAGGUAUACAGCGAGGCCCAUUAAGAAAUCAACAGUUCGCAUCAUUCCUCCAUUCCUGAGACCAGAGACUGACAUACAGAUACCAAUUAUUAAGGUUGAGGAUAACGGCAUUCAGACUCAUGAUAUCCAAAAUAAGGUACGUCUGUCCACCCCAAAUACCCUCAGAAGGGAACAUCCCAUAUUCACACACACAUAAAACAUCAGUAUUUAACUAACUUCAUCAGCAGAUCAGAUAUGUUUAACUGCAGUUCCUUCUCUUCCGUUCUCAGCGCCCGUCCACUGAUGGUAUGGAAGAGCCAGACAUCCAACGUCUGAACACCCCACCACCGCUGCCCCCCAAACCAGACCCCAACGUGCUGAAGAGCCACCUAGCAACUCUAGAAGGUAGGGUCACAUUAGUAACCUGACAACCAGGGAUACAGUACCUAAUAUUAUAGAUAGCAUUAGGAAAUGAUCAUGAAGAAACUUGAAACAGUCCAGAAAACCCACAAACUAUCAUCCACUUCUCUCAUACUGCACCCUGGUGGCGAUAUUAUUCAAUUGGCGCCCAGAGAGGCAGCCAUGGUUUUUGUUGCUGCUUGUGUCUUCCUUGGUUUUUCUUUGUUUGUUUACUUGUGGAUUUGCAACAAAAUUUAACUCAGGAUGAGCUACUGAAUAUUAGAACCAGCCUAAUUUAGAAUGUAGCUUAGUGUUUAUAGUGAAGCUUGUAGUUCUUUAGCUUACAGUGUACACUACCGGUCAAAUGUUUUAGAACACCUACUCAUUCAUGGGUUUUUCUUAAUUUUUUUACUAUUUUCUACAUUGUAGAAUAAUAGUGAAGGCAUCAAAACUAUGAAACAACACAUAUGGAAUCAUGUAGUAACCAAAAAAGUGUUAAACAAAUCAAAAUAUAUUUUAUAUUUGAGAUUCUUCAAAUAGCCCCCCUUUGCUUUGAUGACAGCUUUGCACACUCUUGGCAUCUCUCUGGAUUAGUUCAGUCACAAAUCACAAUAGGCAUUAUGGUAAUAUAUUUACAUUUUGUAAAAUAUUUAUUUCCUUCUGCAUCUGUGUUUCGGUUCCAGAGAGUGGUCUGCAUCCCAAACCAGUGACCCCUUCCCCUGGGCAGACCCUGCAGCAGUUCAGGCCAUUACCGCAGUCCACAUCUAAGGCACCACCCCCCUCACCUGUCCAUCAGGUCAGUCAUAUCAUUCAUAGCAUUGACACCAUUCAGAUACACUGUGGAUUUAUUGUGCUGUGUUUUGAGCCGUUUCCACAGAUCAUGGUUGUGUGUUGUGUUUUGAGCCGUUUCCACAGAUCAUGGUUGUGUGUUGUGUUUUGAGCCAUUUCCACAGAUCAUGGUUGUGUGUUGUGUUUUGAGAGCUUUCUAACAGACUGGCCAUGUGAUUCUGUGUUCUGUUGAGCCUCUGACAGACUGUUGUGGCUGUGUUGUGUUUUGAGAGCUCUCUGACAGUCUGUUAUUUGUUGUGGUUGUGUCUAGGUGGCUGUGGCACCAGAGCAGCAGGGGGGCAGCAGUAGAGGUCAUAACCUGUCAUCAGAACUCAUCCUGGGCAGAUUUGACCAGCUAGCCUUCCCAUCCGGUCCCAUGUCCGCUCCACUCCAGCUCAACUCUCUCACCCUCAACUCCCGCUCCCUCACCCUCAAACAUGCCUAUCGCCACGGCAACAAGCUGCCGGCCUUGUACCCAGAGGGUCUGAUCUCCCAUCAGGUGUCUCCGGGCUUGUUCCCCCCUCACAACCCCCUGUCCAACCGCAACAGCCUCUCCUAUGACAGCCUGGUGAACUCAGGUGACCCCCACUACCUGGCCCAGCGAGGGGGACCUCCACUUCACUACCACCCGCACUUCAUGACCCUGGGACAUGAUGGCAGUGUGCUGCAGCGGCCCCCUCCACACACCUACAGCCCUGUGUUCAUGGGGGUCACCAGGCAAUCUCCCCAGCCCAGGGACACCUCACCCAGGGACCCCUCUCUACGAGACCUCACCCCUCAGGCCCUCACCUCCCGGGACCUCUCCCCUCAGGCCCUGAUGCACAGGGACCUCUCCCAACAGGCCUUGAUCCACCGGGAGGCCUCUCCGGUCCGCUAUGACAACCUCUCCAAGACCAUCAUGGCCUCCAUUCAGGAGCGGCGGGAGAUGGAAGAGAGGGACAGGAUGCUGCGGAUGCAGGCCAGGUCCCAGGCCCUGUACGGCUGCCCAGACAUGGGGGUGUAUGACAUCCCCAGCAGACGCAGCCUCCCUGCAGACAGCAUGCGCCUCCCAGGGUCCCGCGGCCCCACCCCUCCUGCAUACGGCUCCAGGGAGUUCAUGAUGAGCACUGGUAUUUUGGGGUACGGGGGUGCGAGGUCACCCCUCUCCAGCGCCUCGUCGUCCUCUCUGACCCGAGCCCCCAGGACUUCCAGCUCCCCCCUGCAGAGCAGCAGCAGCCUGCAGAGUAAGGGUCGUUCCCCCUCCCCAGCCUACCUCCCCCCAGACAGGCAGGCCCAGCCCUCAUCCUCCUCUUCCUCUGCCUCUGCCCCAGACGCCCCCCCAAAAUGCCCCUCACUCACCAACGCCAUGGAGGGAAAGGACUCAGCACCCCUGUGUGUCCCCAAA